AUUAACAUAGCCUAGUAGCUUAGAGAAUAGCUUAGCAGCCAUCGCAUCGCUCAACUCAACACAACAGGCCAACAAGUUUACUUUGUAUGCAUUUCAUUUCCAAUAACCAAAAAAAUAUUAAAAAAUAGACUAGAAAUUUGUUGUUCCAUAAAAAUGUAUAAUGAGACUGAUUCAUAGUUUUCAUAAUUUUAUUUGAACUGGAAAAACAUAUUAUUAUAAUAGUUGUAUAAAUUACGUAGUGGGUUAAUUUGCGGUGUUUUGGACCUAUUAUUGGAUUAUUUCUAAAGAAGUUAUCUCGCAAUGGCUACUCGAAAAAGAAGUGGUUCUGGGUCUAAAAGGCACCUUAAAGAGAAAGUUGUACAGAUUUAUGAAUCUUUCUUUAGAGGUGAAGACCUGACAAGUGAUAACCCUACAUUUUGGGAUGAAUUUUUUUUGUUAAAACCUAAAAUCCCUCAGCUUGAAGCCGAAAUUCUCAAAUUAUCAGCAGAGCAACUUAUAAAUAUGAAAGAAAGUAUUAACCUUCUUGUUUCACAAUGUAUAGAAAUGUUAGGUCAAGAACAUCAUAUCAGAUUGGUGUAUGCUCUACAAACAUUAAGUGCUGUAUUAGUCACAAUGUAUCAAAGAAUGGGGCAAGAUCCCAACUUGAAUAUCAAAGAAAUAUUGAUUGGUACAGAUAAUGCAAAUGUGAAGAUGCAGAAAUUAUUUGAACACUGCAGCACCAUUUUGUCAGGUGAUGUUCCCGAUAGUUUGAAGUCAAUGGUGCUAAAACUGUUGUUGGUGAUAGCAACUGGUUUAGAUAACAUUGAUGACAAUCCACUGGUUGAAUAUCUGAUGAUGAACUCUUUGUUUGAGCCCUUAGUUCAGUUAUUGUGUACUUCCACUGAGAGACAGCAGCAUGGUUAUGAUGUUGUAUUGCUUUUGAUGUGUUUAGUAAAUUAUAAGAAACAGGAGUCUGCCAACCCUUAUGUUGUUAAGUUAUCUAUACUUGAUGAUGAACUGGCUUUAAAUGGGUAUGGUCAAGUGAUAACUACAUCAUUAAACGAUUUUGUGAUGUCAACAUUUGGAGGUAUGCAGGGGGGUGGCGGCGGAGGCUGGCUGUCAUCUCUCACCAGCAUGGUGGGGGGAAUCUUCCUCACCAGUGAUGAUACUCAACCAGUGGUUCGGGGCCAAAGGAAUAGUGGGUGCGAGUGCGGCAUGCUGCUGUCGCUGUACGAGGCGGCGCACCUCAACCGCAACUUCAUGACGACGCUGGCGCACUCGUCGUCCGCCGCCGCCUCCUCCGCGCCCCCCUCCCCGCCCGCCACACUGCCCCCGCACCAGGACUUCGGCAGCAGCGGACAUAGCGUGUUGAGCGCCACGAAGAUUACCCCACCAAAUCUGUCGCAGAUUCAAGCACUUGAUAAUGAACAACCUACAAACUUAUUAGUCACAUUCUUCCAAUAUUGUUCAAUAGUAAUGGCGGACACCCGCAGCGAGGCGAGCCUCAACAAAUGCAGCCUGUGCUUCAUCAUCCUCACCUGCAUCGUGGAGGAGCAGUUCGCCAACUCCAUCAUGCACGACCAAAAUCUUACAUUCAAGGUCCAAUUGUAUAGACUUCCAAUGAGGCAUAGAAAAAUAGUGCCUGAAGAACCACCAUCGCAGCCGCUAGCCUCCACGUUAAUUGACUUGCUGGUGGAGUUCAUGAUGUGCCACCUGCUGAAGAAGUUCCCCGGGUCGCUGUACCAGCAGUGCUGCGGCGUGCUGGUGCGCGUGCUCAGCUACCAGAAGCGCGCGCGCGUGCGCCUCGUGCGCGACUGGCGGCCGCUCUGGGCCGCGCUCAUCGCGCUGCUCAAGUUCCUCGUCGCCAACGAGGCCGCGCUGCUCAGGAGGCACAACAUCUUCCUCGUCCAGCAGCAGGUUGUGAAUAUAUUCAACCUGUUCAUUACGUUCGGCGACACAUUCCUGCCCACACCCGCCUCCUACGAUCAGUUGUACUACGAGCUUAUUAGGAUGCAUCAAGUGUUCGACAACCUCUUUUAUAUGGCGUUGCGGUACUCGACGGGCGACGGCGAGUUCAAGGCUGAAGCGCUGCGGCUGGCCAACUGCUUGGUGAACGUGCGCGCCAUCAUACAGCACUUCACGCCCAAGAUCGACGGCUGGCUGGCGGACCAGAGCCUCUCCACGCCCACCGAACAUCAGAUAUUGGAGGUGGUCCGCAAGAACUACGACAGUCUGAUCCUCAAGCUGCAGGAAGGCCUGGAGAGCUACGAGCGGUACUCCGAGCGGAGCCACCGGCCGCUGCUGCGGCGGCUGCUGCUGUCCGCGACCUCGUCCGCGCGCGCGCGCGGCGACCACCACCUCUGCUCCGAGGCCGCCGCCGCACUCUCGCACUACAGCGCCAGGGACAACCUAUGAAACUAUUACAUUACCUUGCUCCUGGCAGCAGAGACAUGCUUCCAAUGGAUAAAACGAGUAACAACAAGUGAACAUAUUUGAAUAUGGAACUUAUUUUGGGAUAUCAUCAUAGAAGAAAAAAAAGACAAAAAAUUGAUGCUCUUUUUUCUUCUAAUUUUAUGGUAAAAACUGUAAUGCAAUUUUUUAUUGUAUCAAGCAAAAUGUUAUAAUGGUAAGAUGUACCUAAGGAGAAUGAUUCAUUACGGUCUACAUUGUUUAAUCUUUAAGGUGGGUAAUUGAUGUUUGAUUGAUAUUGAGAGUGAAACUUUGUUGCGAAAACGAUUAUUAAUUUAUUUAGACCGCACUGUAAUUAUAUGGUUUGGCAUUGGUUCAAUAAUUUUUAAAAUAAUUUUUAGCCCACAAAAUGUAAAAUUGUUCAAUCCUCUUAUGUCCAUCGUCGUGGCCAAAUAGCUGUCAAUGUUAAAAAUAUAUUGACAAGUUCACAUGUUCCUUUUUGGUGGUAUACAUUUCUAAAUAAUACUAACGUUUUGUGUUAAUAUUGUUUGCAAAGAAUAGGUUAGCUUUACCUUUUCACCAUAUAAUUGACUAAUUAAACUAAGUAUAUAAGGUAUAAAUUUAUUUAUUAAAGCAAUAAAACUAUUAGGUCUUCGACUAUAAUAUCGCUAGUAACGAAUUGAAAUACUUCAUGUAACUUUAUGGAUAUAUUUGCAAAUUAUAAUCCUUAUUGAGUGUACUUAGCAAUAUUAUAAAUUAUACUUCAUUAUAUAUAUAGUAUCCUGGCAUUUUAUAUAAAUCAUAUAUAAAUCUCUAUGAUCUCUGAUGAGCCAACAAGACUUACAAAUUGCUUUAGGGUUAUAGAAAAUUAUUUGGAAGAAUUUUAGUGCAAAUUAUGUUACCUAAUAGAAAAAUGUGGCCUUAAUUAUGGUGGGACAAUCCCGCACUCGCGCAGUCAAAUCAACAGUUAUUUAUUACAUAGUAAGGGGUAAAUAUUUAUAUGCUUGUUUUCUGUUCUUUUAUUUAUUAAUACUCCAUAAUCAGAUUUUGUAAAAAAUCAUGAGUAUCAUUUAAUUGAGGCCAAAGUUUAUUAUGUUUAAUACUUCCCCUAAGAGCUUUAUAAUAUGAAUUGUAGCUUGUAAUUAUACCAAUUGGGUAUUGAAAUAUAUAAAAUCUAUAUCAUUUUAUAUCAGUUAAUAAAUUAUUUUUGUCAAA